UGAAAGGCCAGUUCGAUUUUAGCAUUAUUGGCAUCGGUCGGAAACUUUUCCCGUUAUUGAGUGUGUAAACAUAUGUUAAAUAUAUAUUAAUAUAUCUUGUAUCGUAAUCAACAUCAGUUACAUGUUUGAAUUUUCACGAACAUUGUACGCGUUUGGAGGGAAGCAUGUGCUCUUUUAAAACUUAAUACACGUAAUUUGAGGUUAGCUUAUGGACUCCACAUUCCUUCUUCCGUGUGUGCUUGGUUACAGAGAAAUUUUGAAAUAAGUGAAAAUCGUGAGAAUAAUUUAAAUAUAGAAAAAACGUGAAAUAUAUGGACUCUUCUGAUCAUACAAAAACAUCAAUUUUAUUGUUUAAUAAUAUAAAGAAUGACAUCUUACAAUGAUCAUAUCGUUUGGAUUGAUAUGGAGAUGACUGGGCUUGACAUUGAGAAAGAUCAUAUAUUAGAAAUUGCCUGUGUUGUGACAGACAAAUCGUUACAGAUCAUCAGUGAAGAAUUGAAUAUUGUAAUACAUCAACCAGAUAUAAUUUUAAAAAAUAUGAACAAAUGGUGUAUGAAAAAUCAUAAAAUCAGUGGAUUAGUAGAUGACUGCCGUUCGAGUAAGAUUUCACUACAAGAAGCUGAAAAGAGUGUACUCCAUUUUUUAGAAAAAUAUGUUUCUAAGCGUACAUGCCCAUUAGCUGGAAACACAGUCUAUAUGGAUCGCUUAUUUUUAUGGAAAUAUAUGCCAUUAGUAAAUGAAUACUUGCAUUACAGAAUUAUUGAUGUUAGUUCACUCAAGGAGCUUCACAGAAGAUGGAAUCCGGAGGUAUAUACAACUGUACCUACCAAAAUGUUAAAACAUAGAGCACUAGAUGAUAUAAAAGAGAGUAUCAAUGAACUAGCCCACUAUAAAAAACAUACAUUUCGAGUAAAAUGAUAAUAGUUGAAAAAAAUUUCAAUCAUGUAAAAGGUAAAAAGUACUAAAAAUCAUUGAAAUAAUGCAACAAAUCUCUUAAGAUUUGUGUCUGUAUAUCGUAAAUGUGUAAAUAUAAUAAAAAUAUAAAAUGUGUAAAUUUAAAUCGUUUAUCUCAUAGAUGUAACACUCUUUUAUUCAUUGUGGAACAUAAUAAAAAGACAUAAUAAAGUACAUAAGAAUAUA